GGUUCUCAUCGGAACUAUUUACCGACCAACUAACACACCACAACUCGCUAGCGACACACGACACACGCAAGAACACUCUUAUGAAAACGUGAGAAAAACAAAUAAGACCUUAUCUUUAUUUUUGACUAGACUUUAGCUUCAAAUAACUUGUGAAUAUUUAUAUAAAUGUUUCUAUCUUGUUCAUUUUUCUCAUCGUCGUUUACUUAAAGAAAAAAAAGUACACGUCUAAACGUUAUAAUUCGAAAAAUAAUUUUUUGUGUUUUCUGAUAAUUCUGAAUAUAUAGUCUCGCGGUUAUUCUAUAAUCUGACACUGUGGUCCAUGUGGUAUUUUGUGAUAAAAUUUUCCAACAAACUAAUCGUGAUACUGUAACUACGGAUAAGCGAUAAAAAAAAAUCAUUUCGUGUUAUAAAGUGCAAUCAAGUUUAGUGCAGAACAACCAGUCAAUAUACUGUUCAAUUUAUUUUUCAGCAUUUUUGUAAAUAUUUAUAAAUAGUUCAUAAAGUGCCAAGGAUGAUAAAUGUGAUAAGGAGUUAAUAAAAGAAAAGACAAUUAUGAAGAUCAUAUCAUGUUAUCUCAGAAGGCUCAUAAUUGCAGCAUUUAUUGCUGUUUUUAUCUACUGCAUCGCCCAAGUCUUCAAAUCGGAAUUGAAAUUUAAUGACGCCGAUUCGCCUCAGUUGGAAAAACUUAUGCGAAUUUCACAAAUGAUCAAUGAUGCCAAACAGCAAGUAUUAUAUACAGGAAAUGGAGCGCCGGCAUGUACAUUUCCUGAGCUUGAUAUUUUGAAUCCAGAAAUAAUGAAGUUCAUCAAAGAUGUCAAACCGUUGGAUUGCAAGAUGGACGAUUGGGUCACUGUUGAAGGGUCGAAAUUGCAAAUUUCAAGUAAAGCCAAAACUCGUUAUGGAGAAAUAACUUGUGCUUUUAAAGAAAUCAUCAGGGAGGACGAUUUCGAAACUAGUUUUACGGAUUCAGUUGAAUCAAACGAUGUUUAUAUUUUAAAAGAAAGUGAUUUUGCGGACGUCAAAUGUGAAUCGCAGAGUGGGAGACAAUGGCAUAGUGUAUUAGCGGGAAUAAAACAGAAUCCUUCAAUGAAAGCUGAUCAUACAUGGAAUAAAGUUCCUGAUAAGGGUCUUAAAUUAAAUGUACUUAUGUUUGGAUUCGAUUCCCUGUCAAGAAACACAUUUAUUAGAAAAUUACCAAAAUCGUAUCAUUACUUGAAGACAAAUUUAAAUUCUCUCAUACUGGAGGGUUACAAUAUUGUCGGUGACGGAACACCUCAAGCUCUAAUUCCAAUUCUUACCGGAAAAAUCGAACUCGAAUUGCCAGACACAAGAAAACGAAUGGGAUCAAAAGCGGAUUUUGUCGACGUUUAUCCACUCAUUUGGAAAAAGUACAAAGAAAGCGGUUACAUCACUGGUUUCAUGGAAGACGUUCAUCAUAUUGGUACAUUUACAUAUCGACUCAAAGGUUUCCAACAACAACCAACGGAUCAUUAUAUGAGAACAUUUUAUUUGUCCGCUUCUUCACUUUUUAAAUAUUCGAAACGGUUUUGUUUCAACGGAAUUCCACGUCACAUGUUGAUGAUGAAUUACAUGCAAGCAAUGUUUGACGAAUAUCGGGACCAACCAAAAUUUGCAUUCGGCUUUCACGGAGAACUCUCGCAUGAUUCCUAUAAUGAUAUUGGUGCUGCUGACGAAGACGUUUAUCAGUGGCUUAAAAAUUUGAACAAUAAUGGACAUUUGAAUAAUACAAUUUUAAUAUUCAUGAGCGAUCACGGACACAGAUUCGCAGAAAUUAGAAAUACUGUACAAGGCAAACAGGAAGAGAGACUUCCAUUUUUCUCUUUCACAUUUCCUCCAUGGUUCAAACAAGUUCAUUCGCGGGCCUAUGCUAAUUUUGUGUACAAUACAAAACAUUUAACAACGCCUUUCGAUAUUCAUAAGACUCUUGAGAAAAUAUUAGAUUUCGACAGUCCUAAGGAAGGUGACAAAGGGGAUCGCGCCAUCAGUCUCUUCGAUAAGAUUCCUCUAGAGCGAACAUGUGCCGAUGCUUUUAUAGAACCUCAUUGGUGUGCUUGUCUUAAUUGGCAAGAAACCUCAAUUGAUGAUCCAACAGUGAUGGAGGCUGCAAAUUAUUUUCUUAAAUUUUUAAAUUCCCACACCAAAGAAUACCGUAACAUAUGUGAGAAACUAAAAUUAGCAGAUAUUUUAUGGGCUGCUAAGUUAACACCAACAAAAGGCCUUUUAAACUUUCAAAAGUCAGAUGAUCUUGACGGAUUUGUCGGUGACUUUUCAUCGAAAACCAAAGUGAAAACAGAAAUGUACCAAAUAAAAAUAAAAACAGAUCCUGGAGGCGGACUUUAUGAAGGAAGUGUUACCCACAAUUUGAAUAACAAUUUAUUUUCCAUGAAGAUAACAGACGUCAGUCGAAUAAAUAUGUACGGAUCGCAAGCAAGAUGCGUCGAGAAUCAUUUGUUCGAUAUGCGUAAAUACUGUUAUUGCAAAGACUAACUCGAAGGCUUACAACUAGUAACAGUGGCAUUAUUAAAAUGUUACUGUGCACAAAUGUGAUAUCAGAAAGUAUUGAAUUUAUCUCGAUAAUUAGUUGUUUAUUUAUGACUGAUUUUGUGCAGAAAUUUAAAAAAAAAACACUUUUUACUCCGCAGAAAAUUUAACAACAAUUAAUGCAUAAUAUCAAUAAUAAUAUAUCAUAAAACAGAAACGAUCUCUAACUUUCAUUCAUAGUAUAUGAAUGAAUUACAUGAGUAAGAAUUUCUGAUACGUGCCACCUAAAACUUGAAAAUUUUUAUUUCUCCCUAAAUGUUAAUUUUUCUGUAGAAUUUUACAUGAAAAAUCACUAUGUAAAAGGAUUUUGCAAAAAAAUUAUUUUUACUCUUCUUAUUAACAAUUGAAAAUUUUUAAUCCUUUUACAUAGUGAUUUUUUAUAUAAAAUUCUACAGGAAAAUUAAAAUUUAGGAAAAAAUUAAAAUUUUAAAGCACGUUUCAGAAAUUUUUACUCAUAUACAAAGUUUGAAUAUAUUUCAUAAAUACAAUAUAGAAUAGAAUACCAAUUACCAAUAGUAAAAUUGUAUACAAUAGUAUACAAAAAAGUGUAAAAAUAUACAGUCAGUUCGUAUUAUUAUUACUUUUUUUUGUAUAUAAUCGUAAUUGAAAAUGAAGUAAUGAAAGUUGAAAGUUUUGCUAACA